AAUCCAAAUUGGAAAGAAGAAAGGUGAGAGAAAUUUUGAUUCUUACCCGAAGACAGCCGCAGACAGGGGAAGGAAGAAGAUGGAGUGUGCGGCAGUGUUCGGUGGAAGCAGGGGUUGCGUCACAUCCUCUCUUCAACGCUCACCAACACUAACCAAAAGGCCUCUAUUACGCGCCAUUGCCAUCCAUCACCAACGCCUAACUGCAUUUCCUUCGCAAUCCCAUCUUUUUUCAUAUUCUCCUCCGCGUGCUAAAGCCCUACGCACCAGAACCUCUUCCAUUUUCCUUCCUCACUUAAUUGCUUCCAUGGAACAGGUGGACCAAACUUACAUAAUGGUCAAGCCCGAUGGCGUGCAACGUGGCCUUGUGGGAGAAAUUAUUUCUAGGUUUGAGAAGAAGGGGUUUAAGUUAACUGGCUUGAAGCUCUUCCAGUGCUCUAAAGAGUUAGCUGAGGAGCAUUACAAGGACUUAAAACAAAAGUCAUUUUUCCCCAAGUUGAUUGACUAUAUUACUUCAGGUCCUGUUGUGUGUAUGGCUUGGGAGGGUGUUGGAGUAGUGGCAUCAGCACGUAAGCUUAUAGGGGUUACAGAUCCUCUUCAAGCUGAACCAGGCACAAUAAGAGGAGACCUUGCUGUUCAAACAGGAAGGAAUAUUGUUCAUGGCAGUGACAGCCCUGAGAAUGGCAAGCGUGAAAUAUCUCUGUGGUUCAAGGAAGGCGAAUUAUGCGAAUGGACUCCUGUCCAAGCACCAUGGCUGAGGGAAUAAUAAAUCACAAAUGCAUAAUUACAACGAUACAUGCAGCUUCCAAGCUCAAUAACCUGAUCAAAUGUUUUCAGUGGCCAAUGUAGUUCUACAUUAACUUCCCAGUUUAAGCACUUCUCGAAUUUUUGUAAAAUUUUGCUCGACUUAGAUUCAAGUCCAUACCAUUUUCUUUUUGUCACAUCGGAUAUGAGUUGGGCAUGCUGUGUUACCUAAAGUGCCACUGCAACAGGCACUAUCAACCAAGAGUUGCAAUUAAAGAAAACUCAGCCAUACACUACAAAACUGCAUUUAUAAAUACAGCUAAAACAAUACAGUAAACAAGAUUGAUGAGCAAAACAGCAAGGAAGAUUGAUUAAUUUUCCAAAU